CACAGAAUUUUAUUCCACAAUCUACAAGAUGAAAUUGAGAAACAGUUGGAUGGAGGGAAACAUUUCCGUAAGAAGUAUUUCUACACAAGAUAUAAUGAAUGGGAAAAGAUCGCUGCUUGGACUAAACGAAUGGCCAAAAAACAUGCCAAACUAAUCUCCAGGAUUGAGAUUGGAAGGACUUAUGAGGAGCGGCCUAUGUAUGUCCUUAAGGUUGGGAAACAGAGUUACCAAAAGAAAGCUAUAUUUAUGGAUUGUGGUAUUCAUGCACGAGAGUGGAUCUCACCAGCCUUUUGCCAAUGGUUUGUAAAGGAGGCUGUCACGACUUAUGGAAUAGACAAGGACAUGACACUACUCUUAGACAACAUAAAUUUCUAUGUUCUCCCAGUGUUCAACAUAGAUGGUUAUGUCUGGACAUGGACCAAAGACCGUAUGUGGAGAAAGAACCGUUCCAAUAACUCUAACAGUGAUUGCAUCGGCACUGACCUAAACAGGAAUUUCAAAGCUUCAUGGGGCU